CAAUAUAAAUACUUUUCGUGAAGGUGAGUACAUUGCAGGGAAAUAAGUGAAGGACUGCAAAUGCAAUGCCUGAAGAUUGAAGCAUCGCGAGAUUAAACGAGACUCUGGCGUCAUAUCCAGCAAGAGGUCUACACGGUGAAGAUGUCGGACGAAUUGGUGAAGCAGUUGAGCAAUUAUAAGGCUCAGCUGCAGCAGGUGGAAGCUGCGCUCUCUACAGAUCCAGAAAAUGAAGAUCUGCUUAAACUGCAGAAGGACCUCCAGGAGGUGAUUGAGUUGACAAAAGACCUGUUGACAUCACAGCCAGUGGAGGGUGUGGCCAGCGACAAAAGCUCAGAGGCAGCCGUGCCCACUCACAACUGGAGAGUUGGAGACCGCUGUAUGGCCGUCUGGAAUCAGGAUGGACAGGUGUAUGAGGCAGAGAUUGAGGAGAUUGACGGCGAGAACGGUACAGCAGCCAUCACCUUCUCUGGCUAUGGAAACGCAGAGGUGGUGCCACUUCAUGCUCUCAAAGCCGCAGAGGAGGGUGGGAGCAGGGAUGAGGAGGGAAAGCCCAAAUCCAAGAAAGAGCUGCUGGCUGAGCAGAGGGAAUACAAGAAGAAGAAGGCCCAGAAAAAAGUGCAGCGCAUGAAGGAGCUUGAACAGGAAAGAGAAGAUCAGAAAUCCAAAUGGCAGCAGUUUAACAAUAAAGCCUAUUCAAAGAAUAAAAAAGGACAGGUAAAGAGGAGUAUAUUUGCAUCUCCAGAGAGCGUGAAUGGAAAGGUUGGCGUCGGCACAUGUGGGAUCGCAGAUAAACCCAUGACUCAGUACAACGACACUUCAAAGUAUAAUGUCAGGCAUCUAAUGCCCCAGUGAUUUAUCUUGUGUCUUGUCUGUGUCCAUCUGAUACCACCCACCGAUAAAAUAAACAAGAUCCCACUCAUAGCCAAAUUCUAAACAGUUUUGAUUGGACAUGAAAUUAUAUAGUAGCACAUUUCCAGAGUAGGAAUCCCUCCCCCCCUUAUUUUUUUAUUACCAGUAAUUGUGGGUGUUUUGUCUUGGGAUGUUGGAGCUGUUCUGUACUGAAGAGUCUCUGGACAUUGUAACUAAUAAAACAUCAGAGUCUACAGAGUCGUUAGUUAAAGACCGCUCCCACAGUUCCUGUUUAGUUUUACAGGGUCUCAUCAUUCUCCCAGCACUGACUCUCUGGACAUUCAGAGGUACUGAAGAUGGAGAAAUCUGCUCUGUAGUUUUUUUUUUUAUGUGUUAAACAUAUAUAAAAUGCAUACAUGAUUUUGAAGUCUGGGAAAACUGGUGUUGUGGAACUUAAGCCGUUUUCUCUCGUGCUCUUCACGUCUAUGUGUAAUAAGCGUUCUGCUGCGGCCCAUUUUUUGUCAAGUUACUUUUCAGUUUUGUAUAUUUACAUAUUUUAGAGGAAUAAACAUUGAUUUGUUGACAUUUUUAUUUUA